AAGCUUUUCACCCCCCCCUCUCUAAAAAUCCCAACCACACCAGAAACCAAAACCACCCCCAAAAACCUAACCCCUCUUUCCCAAAACCGACCAGGCAAUCACCAAACCAUUCAAACCCUUCAAUUCCCAAACCUCAAAUCUCAUCCGCCUCUCCAUAAAGCUCUGAGCUUUUCUUCAAGAUUCGAAUGCCUUCAGCAACUGGGUCUGUCACUGACAUGUCGAUUGUGUCUAAAGAUGACAACUUGUCUUCCGAGGAUUCUUGUAACCCAGAUGAGUCUGAGCUCGAGCUCAAUCUUGGCCUCAGCCUCGGCGGCGGUGCUGCCAAGGCCCACCAAGGCCCAAUUGGGAGCUAUGCGAGGAUUUUGACGGCUAAGGAUUUCCGGUAUGUGGGUUUGAACAAGUCGGAUAAGUCGUCGGCGGAGGUUGGUUCUUCGUCGUCGUCGUCUUCUUCUUCGUUGAGCAGUGUUAAUGUGGCGGCUGGGACUAAGCGGAGUGCUGAUUCUGUUGCCAACAGUCAGCCUGUGGGAUGGCCUCCUAUCAGAACUUAUAGAAUGAAUUCUUUGGUUCAUCAAGCAAAAUCUUCAGCCACUGAAGUAGUUAACUCAGAGAAAGGUGAAUGCAAGAUUGUUUCAGGGAAGGCUAAAAUCGGUGGUCAAGAAAACAAUGGAAAUGCUAAGGAGAGACAGCGCCUCACAAGUUCCCUGUUUGUAAAGGUGAAUAUGGAUGGAAGUCCAAUUGGAAGGAAAGUCAACCUAACUGCGCACAGUAGCUAUGAAGCCCUAGCACAAACGCUGGAGGAUAUGUUCCAGGGACCGUCUUCAAAUGCGAAAUUGAUACGUGCUGGUGGUCAGGAGCAUGAUAUGAUGGUGGGAGAAACUACACCGUCGAAGUUGCUUGAUGGAUCAUUUGAUUUUGCACUCACUUAUGAAGACAAAGAAGGUGACUGGAUGCUUGUUGGGGAUGUUCCUUGGGGGAUGUUUCUUAGUUCCGUGAAGAGGCUAAGAAUCAUGAGGACUUCUGAAGCUAAUGGACUUGCUCCAAGGCUACAGGAAAGGAAUGCAAGGCAGAGAUGCACGAGCUGAUACAAAUCCAUUUGUGAGGACUUCAGUAAGGAUACAAAACAACCUAUGUUGUAAAGUGUACAAAGUGGGUAAGACGUAUAAUGGGAGCAUAUGGAGAAGCAGAGAGAAGCUAUGGUGUUCUGUUUCAUUUUUGGUUGAUUUGAUGUGAUUGCAUUUCUUUCUUGCUGUGCCUUCCCUAGGAGUUAUAUCCCUACUUUUCAAAGCCAUAGCUAUCUUAUAUUUUAGUGUAAUACUUAUAUGAUACACAUGCCUAUGAUAAAUUUUGUUGCUGAU